GGUGGGUUUGAGGAGCAGACCCCGGCCGCUGCUCGGUGCCCGUCGGUCGGUUCCUAACAGCCGGGACACGAGGGGGGUUUCCCCGACGAUGGUCACGGACCCACGGGGGACUUCGCACCGGAGGAACGGGGAGAGCCCGGAGGUCGUGGCCGGAGGAGGCGGCGCUGCGGCGGGGGGAAACUUUCUGAGAAGUCCGGGGACACGGACACCACCAGCGGGGACAACAUGGCGGAGCGCAGCGGCUGCGAUGUCAACUCCCUCAGCAUCCCGGUGCCCAUGCGCCGCGGCGGCUCCGAGUCCAACCUGGUGGACAGCGUCGGCAAUGACGGCGUGGGACUGGAUUUCACCAAGGGAGCGCUGGGUAUCGACAGCCUGCAGCAGAAGACCCUCAAGGUGACGGAGCAGAUUAAGGUGGAGCAGGCGGCCCGGGACCAGAAUGUGGCCGAGUACCUGAAGCUGGUGAACAACGCCGACAAGCAGCAGGUGUCUCGUAUCCGUCAGGUCUUUGAGAAGAAGAACCAGAAGUCGGCGCACAACGUGGCCCGGCUGCAGAGGAAGCUGGAGCAGUACCACCGCCGCAUGAAGGACAGCGAGACCAACGGCAAGCACAGCCACAAGGACGGCAAGGAGUCGGGGACACUCAGCAAGGAGGGCAGCCUGCGGGACGUCAGCGCCACCGGGCGCCACCCGGCGCUGGACAAGGUGAAGACGAUCGGGCCCGGUGUGUCGCUGUCGCCGCCGUUCUUCUUCAACAAGUCCCGGGAGUUUGCCAACCUCAUCAGGAACAAGUUUGGCAGCGCCGACAACAUCGCCCACCUCAAGAGCUCCAUGGAGGCGGGGUCAGGGCUGCAGGUGGACAUCUCGGCGAGGGGGUUGAGCGGCAGCGCCAACACCGUGGCCAAGGCGGGCAAGUACCAGAGCGACGAUGAGUGCUCCACCGGGACAUCGGCGUCCGCUGACUCUAACGGGAACCCAGGAGGGGGCUCGAUGGCCGGGUCCGGGGGUCCUGGGAGGUCAGACUCUAACGCACGUCUGGGGGAGGUGCUGGACAUGGUGCGUGAGAUCAGGGACGCACAGGGACAGCUGGCCGAGGAGAUGGAGACGAUGAACACACAGUUCAAACGAGACUAUGGCUACUUCACACAGGUGCUGCAGGAGGAACGAUACAGGUAUGAGCGGCUGGAGGACCAGUUAAAUGACCUGACAGAGCUGCACCAGAAUGAGACCAGUAACCUGAAGCAGGAGCUGGCGAGCAUCGAGGAGAAGGUGGCGUACCAGGCCUACGAGAGAGCCCGGGACAUACAGGAGGUCCUGGAGUCGUGUCAGACCCGCGUGUCGAAGCUGGAGCUGCAGCAGCAGCAGCAGCAGCAGACGGUUCAGUUGGAACACACCGAUGCCAAAGUGCUGCUGGGCAAGUGCAUCAACAUCAUGCUGGCCAUCGUCACCGUCAUCCUGGUGUGCGUCUCCACGGCGGCCAAGUUCACCGCCCCGCUGCUGCGGAGCCGCCUCCACCUGGCGCUCACCUGCGUGGGCGUCUCCGUGUUAGCGCUGCUGUGGAAGAACUGGGAACACUUGCAAGGUGCGAUGGAGCGAGUGCUGCUGCCGCACUGAGCCGAGCGGACGAGCGAGAGCAGAUAACUUUCAUCCGAACCCCGGGUCCAGGUCUCCAGGAGGCGUGUUGUCACGGCAACACAGACACUGGGGAGGAGUUUACAUGUAGCCUUACACCAGCCACACAGCUCCCCAGCUAACUUGUGGGUGACUCGAUUCAUGACUUUGUGCUUUGCAUGUCUCAGUGGGGUCCGCACGCAGCGACUCCAACCAACAACACACAGAUGUAAGCUGAUAUGACAGCUGAGCAGACGUGUGACGACCAAACACACACACAUGGCACAAAGCUGCAGCAACAGUGAAUCACUAUAGAGACGAGAAUAGGAUAAAUAAGCUGGAAAUGAUUGGACUUGAGUCCAGUUAUCGGGUUCUGGGUCAGACUUGAUAUCAACAUCCGUCCUGAGGGAUCCGAUCACAAGCUCGAUAUGCAAAACACACGUUCAUCAUUUCUGUUCACGAAGACCCAACUAUGGUUUUACACGAGUCAACAGAUGUGUCCGAUGUCAACGUCUUUGUCUGAGCGUUGGUGUGAGAGAGAAAUAGGAGUUUAAAAAUACAGAGAAAUCAUUUUGUGUUGGUCCGUGUUGUGGCCACACACAAAACAAUGUGUGAUCACUGAGAUGCGAGAAACUACUUCAAUAUACGUGAAACUCUGGAUGCAUCACGACGCAUUGAGAUCCCUCAGGACAGAGGUUAACACCAGGUUUGAUCGGGUUCCUACACAGGAUCAAAAAAGCUGGAAUUGAUCACAUGUGAGUCUUCUGGUUAUCAGGAGAUUCUCAGUCGCAGCAACCGCCGCUAAAGUCUAAAUGUAAACAAGGGGCUUUUAUUGCGGCGUGGAAAUGCAGAGAUUAUAUCCCGACCAUAAAGGAAACCGCCUCACGCUGCUGAACAAACUCUGGCUGUGUGUUCAUCAGCAGAUCCAGUUUCCUUUUCGUGCACCAGCCGUGACUCACAUAGACACAUCCACCCGAAGGUUGAUUCAUGUGUGUGUGUGUCUCUGUGUUUGUGUGUAUUUAUGUGAAGCUUUUCUCGUCAGUGUCUCGUUGAAAAAGAAUAUUUCAAAGCCUUGGGUCCACAUUGUUUUUAAUUGUGUCUGUCUGAGUUUGUACGUCUGUGUUUUCCUGCUCGUGUGUGUCUGUAACUGUGUGUUUGUUUUUAAAGGAAACGUUCAACAUUUUGAGGAAUUGAUUUCCGUCUUAAAUCCACGUGCAAAAUAUGAAGCGAGAGCCGUUUAUCAAUGAAACUGUUAAUCAGAAUCUGACAGAAGAAAACAUAAAAUACACCUACCAGCCCCUGCAGAACUCAGCCAAGGUCAUGAAAUUUGUUUGCCACUAAAGAUGUUUAUGAAAUUAAAGCUAGGGUUGGUAAUCCUGGAAUAGUGAAUCGUAAGAGCAGGCUGCACUUUGGAAAGAUGCAGCUAAUCCAUCCAAACUUUAGUUAAUUUAGUUUAUUAAUAAAAAGAUGCUGGUAGGUGGAUUUUAUUGCCUUUUGAAUAUCCUAUUGUUCCUUGAGAGGAAAUCUGACGAGCGGCCUCGAGACGUGUUGCUUAGAAAGUUUCCGUCAUGUAAAAUCUGUUGUAUGUUUUAUCGGGGUAAAGAUAACUUCUCAAAGCGAUUUGAGAGAAACAAUAGAAAGUAAACUCGUUUCACUGAGAUCCGUCCUCUACGAUCAGAGAGAAACUCUAGAGAGAAACUCUCUGAACAUGUUUGACUCCUGAUUUUAUUUAACUGCCUUUUUUUAACGAGGUUGAACAGAACAAAUGAACGUGUGUGUGAAGCCUUGUGUUGCUGUUGAGCUGCGUUCAGGUCCGGUGGGCAUAACAGACGCUCAAAGUACCGACUUGAAAAGAUUUCCACCUGUUGAAACUUCUUUUUAAACCAUGAAAGAGAACAGGAUUGAUUUCCAUUGUGGGUUUUAGUGGCUCCGCCUUUUGCCCAGUGCCGGCUGGGAUUGGCUCCGGCCUCCCUGCGGCCCUCAAGGGGAAAGUGGGAUAGAUAACAGAUGGAUUUUAGUCGCUCGAGAUUAUUCCUGUCAGCUUAUUCUCACUUGGAUCUCCCACACAGCUGGAAAGUGACUAAAUAGGACGACUCUGGUUCCAGAAGUAAAAUUAUCUAUAGUUUUCUAGAAAACCAGGUCAACCAGCUAAGAGAUUCUCACACAAAUACACAGAAACGUUCCGAUCCAGUGAUCACAUACCAUUAAAUGCGUAUCUCUGUCUGUUUUUCCCCGUGUGUCCCGAAUGCAGCAUCACAGACUGAACUGAACCAUGUAGCUCCACGCUCCCAGUGACCCUCCAUCACUGGGAAGAUGAUGACGGGUCCAAGUGGGACUGAUGCCUUUUCAAUGCAGCUUCUGUCGUCGACUGUGUAACUCUGUUUUCUCAUCGUGUAUCUGUUUAAACAAAAGAGCCAAAUAUGGGGAUUUUAAAGGCACAUUAGCCCUUUUUAAUUAAUUAACACUGUUUUCUUACAAUUAGUCCUCAAUGUUUUUCUUCUAAUUGGCCCAGAACACACUACUAAUACUUCUGUCUGCUCUUCGUGAGACACGCACCUUCUCUGCAGAAUCUGUAUUUUAAGUCCAUAAUGUGUAUUUUCACAUUUCUGUCUAUUCCAUGUGCUUUCUAGUUUUCCAUGACAUUAUUUUUUUUCAAAUGACAAAAUAAAUAUUUGUUUUUGUAAGAUUGA